AAUGCAAUGCGAAAGGUAGUGGUAACUGGUCUAGGGUUGGUCACCCCUCUAGGAGUAGGUGUUGGCCGAACAUGGAAGCGUCUACUUGACAGCCAGUGCGGCAUAGUAUCUAUCAAAGAUAGAAGCCAUCAAUUUGCAGCACUGCCGAGCCGGGUAGCAGCCGUUGUACCGGAAGGCAGUAAAGCCGAUGGGCUGUGGAACACAAAAGAGAGAUUCACUGCAGGAGAAGAGAAGCGGAUAGCUCGGUUUGCCCAGUAUGCAAUGGUUGCUUCUGAGAUGGCACUAGAAGAUGCGGGUUGGGCACCUCGCAAGGAAGAAGACCUCGAAGCUACAGGCGUAUACAUGGGUUCGGGCAUUGGCAGUCUCGAUGAUGUAUACGAUACGACUAUCGCAUAUGAACAAGGAGGGUAUAAAAGAGUUUCGCCUUUUUUCGUUCCUCGCCUUCUAAUCAAUCUUGCGGCGGGUCAUGUUUCUAUGCGAUACGGCUUUCAGGGGCCAAAUCAUGCAGCAACAACAGCUUGCACCACCGGUGCACAUAGUAUUGGCGAUGCCGCGCGACUCAUCCAGUUUGGCGACGCAGAUGUUAUGGUCGCAGGUGGUGCCGAGUCUUGCAUUCAUCCUCUCGCCAUCUCCGGCUUUGCGAGAGCAAGGAGUCUUUCUACAGAGUGGAACGACAGGCCAGAAGAAUCUAGUCGGCCAUUUGACAGGGACCGAGAGGGUUUUGUCAUUGGAGAGGGCGCUGGCGUUAUGGUGCUAGAAGAACUCGAACACGCAAAGCAGCGAGGCGCAAAGAUAUACGGUCAGCUUGCUGGCUACGGUCUGUCAAGCGAUGCAUACCAUAUGACUGCACCACGCGAAGACGGUCAAGGCCCACGCCUCGCCAUGAAACAUGCUCUACGGCAUGCGGGCAUCAAACCCAGCGCUGUCGAUUAUAUCAAUGCGCACGCGACGAGUACUCUACUUGGCGACGCCGCCGAGAAUCGUGCUAUCAAAGAGCUUCUGCUUGGUGAAGAAGGAAAAGAUAGUGCUUCUGAGAUCAACAUCAGCAGUACAAAAGGCGCUAUUGGUCAUCUUCUUGGUGCUGCAGGAAGUGUAGAAGCCAUCUUCGCGAUUCUAGCUCUUCAUAAUAACAUGCUCCCGCCUACCCUCAACCUACAGAACGCUGGCAACCCGCCAGAGGAAUUCAAUUGCAACUAUGUUGCCAAUGUGGCACAGCAAAAAGAAGUCAAUGUCGCGCUUUCAAACAGUUUUGGCUUUGGAGGCACGAAUGCUUCGUUAUGUUUUAGUACAUUGUAA